ACAUCAUGAGUUUUUCCAGUGAUGAAGUGAACUUUUUGGUUUACCGCUACCUACAGGAAUCAGGCUUCCAUCAUUCCGCAUACACUUUUGGUAUCGAGUCACACAUCUCUCAGAGUAACAUCAAUGGGGCUCUCGUUCCGCCGGCCGCACUGUUGACCAUUUUGCAGAAGGGUUUGCAGUACACAGAAGCCGAAAUCAGCAUUGGUGAAGAUGGUACCUUAAACCGCUUAACUGAAGGCCUGAGUUUGAUCGAUGCUGUAAUGCCCGAGAUAAAAAGUCAAAAGAUCGCACCCAAAGUGGAAAAUAUAAAAACCGAACCGACAAAAGCCGAACCGAUCAUUCCGUCAGAGAUCAAUGGUGAGGAGACACCGGCUGCAACAACGACACCAGCCCAAGAAGAGACAAUGGAUGUGGAUCAAAGCAUCGAAAUUCCAGCAUCAAAAGCGACCGUUUUGCGUGGUCAUGAAAGUGAAGUGUUCAUUUGCGCCUGGAAUCCCACCACGGAUCUAUUGGCUAGUGGUUCUGGCGAUAGCACCGCACGUAUUUGGGAUAUGGGAGACAAUUCCACCAGUCCAAAUCAGUUGGUAUUGCGUCAUUGCAUUCAAAAGGGUGGCACCGAAGUGCCAAGCAACAAAGAUGUAACAUCAUUGGACUGGAAUUGCACCGGUACAUUGUUGGCAACGGGAAGCUACGAUGGAUAUGCUCGUAUUUGGACGACAGAUGGUCGAUUAUCUGAUACAUUAGGCCAACACAAGGGUCCAAUCUUCGCAUUGAAGUGGAACAAACGUGGCAACUACAUUCUAUCGGCUGGUGUCGAUCGCACCACAAUCAUCUGGGAUGCAGCCACUGGUCAGUGUGCUCAACAGUUUUCAUUCCACAUGGCACCAGCCUUGGAUGUUGAUUGGCAAACGAAUAACUCAUUUGCAAGUUGCAGCACUGACCAGCGCAUUCAUGUGUGCAAAAUGGGCGUUGACAAGCCAAUCAAAUCGUUCCAAGGCCAUACAAACGAAGUGAACGCCAUCAAAUGGGAUCCACAAGGACAAUUGUUGGCCUCAUGCUCCGAUGAUAUGACACUGAAAAUUUGGUCAAUGAAACAAGACAAUUGUGUGCACAAUUUCAAAGCACACUCAAAGGAGAUCUAUACGAUCAAAUGGUCACCAACCGGUCCUGGCACACAAAAUCCAAAUAUGAACUUGAUUUUGGCUUCGGCUUCGUUCGAUUCAACUGUUCGAUUGUGGGACGUUGACCGAGGUGCUUGCAUUCACACACUCACCAAACACACCGAACCAGUCUAUUCAGUGGCAUUCAGUCCGGAUGGUAAAUUCCUUGCGUCAGGCAGUUUCGAUAAAUGCGUUCACAUUUGGAGCACACAAAGCGGCCAGCUUGUGCACAGUUACAAAGGUACCGGUGGUAUUUUCGAAGUAUGUUGGAAUUCACGUGGCAGCAAAGUCGGUGCCAGUGCAUCUGAUGGCAGUGUUUUCGUUUUAGAUAUGAGAAAAUUGUAAUUUUUUAAAAUUUCGAUGGUAAUUCUUUUUGUAUUUCUUGGGGCACACACAUUCAUUGACUAUAUAGACAGCAGCUCGUCUGUGAAUUAUUUUAUCCGCAAACAAUUUUAGUUAAGGACAAAAUAUAAAUUGUAUAAAACUGUUUCAUUAAGAAACGGAGAGAUACAGAGUCAGUAUCUGAAUGGAUUUAAAUCACAACAUUUAUACGUUUCUUUCGUUCACAUCUCGUUUCACACACACAAAAUGAUCAAUUCUUUGUAUAAUUAAUUUGUAUCGAUUUAAUGAAAUAAAACAAAAUUAUAUUUAGUCUAA